UGCCCCCACCACCCCUUCCCCUCCCCUUUACAUUCCCGUCCUUUUUCCUUCUUUUCCUUUUUCCUUUCCUUUACUCUGUGCUUUCCCUUUUCUUCUUCUUCCAUCCUUCUCAUGAGAUGGACACGGAGCAGAGCACACGGUUCUGGAGUUGCAACUUGCAGCGACUCGCUGAUCACAUGAAAAGCUGAAACUUCGAUCCCCUGCUACGAUGGCGAGCUUCGGAUCAUCACCCUCGCCGUCCUUCAGCGAGUUCCGCUCUCUCCUCCUCCUCCUCCUCCUCCACCUCGGCUGCUUCAUCUUAUCCUCCUCCUCCUCCUCCUCCCAUGCCGCCGCCGCCAAGAAACGCAAAGCCUCUCCGACCGUCCCCCAAUUCAAGCCCCGCAAAGCUCUCUCUUCCUCCUGGUCGUACCUCAAGCGCGUCUUCAUCUCCAAACCCCGAACGUCUGACCCUCCAACGCCCCCUCUCUCCUCCGCCCGAAACUCCCAACGAUCCAUAGCCUCCCUAGUCCCGCCGCCAGAAGCUCAUGCUCAAGCUCAAGCCCUCGAGGAGCUCACCUCCACCCGACCCCGCGAGAGGCCCGGCCCGGGGACGCUCCUUCAAGAGGAGCCCGACAGCGCCGACCUGUUCUUCCCACUCCGCAACGACGCAGUCUUCCCGUGCACGUCCUGCGGCGAGGUCUUCCCGAAGUCGCAGCUCCUCGAGCAGCAUCACGGGACGCGGCACGCGGUGUCGGAGCUCGUCGGCGAGGACUCCGGCCGCAACAUCGUCCAGAUCAUAUUCCAGACGGGCUGGCCGGCCGGCAGGGACCUGAGGGUACUCCGGAUCCUGAAGAUCCACCACGGGCCGAGGGCGCUGUCGCGGUUCGAGGAGUACCGCGAGUCGGUGAAGGCGCGGGCAGCCCGGGCCGCCAGGAGGAGGGACGAGCGGUGCGUCGCCGACGGCAACGAGCUCCUCCGGUUCCACUGCUCGACAUUCACGUGCGACCUGGGGCGAGACGGCGAUUCCAGCAUCUGCAACCAGCAGUUCUGCAACGUGUGCGGGAUCAUCAAGUCGGGAUUCUCGAAGAAGCUGGACGGCAUCUCGACCCUGUCCAGCGGGUGGAGGGCGCACGGGACGCUCCCCGACGAGGUGGUGGAGGAGUUCGGGUUCAUGCACGUGAAGCGGGCCAUGCUGGUGUGCCGGGUCGUGGCGGGGCGGGUCGGGUGCGAGGCGGACGACGCGGACAAGGAGGAGGGCGGGGGGUUCGACUCGGUCGUGGGGCGGGGGGGCAGCGGGGCCCUCGCCAGGCUGGACGACGAGGAUCUGCUGGUCUUCAAUCCGAGGGCCGUGCUUCCUUGCUUCGUGAUUGUGUACACCACCGUGUGAGCGAGUCGUGUGGAAUUUACGCGUAAUAAUUAGUACGGGACGUGGAAAAAGUUUUCGCUCCCUUUCGAGUU